AUGAUUGAUGACACAGCAGCCAGCAAACUACGGGCCAUUCCUCUGUCUAAUAAUACUAUCGGUCGGCGCAUUAAUGACAUUUCAAAGGACAUAGAGGAGCAACUUAAUGACAAGGUGCGUGACAGCCGCUUUGCUCUGCAGAUGGAUGAAGCCACCGACAGUAACAAAGACUGCUUACUGAUAACUUACGUCAGAUUCAUAGAUGGAGAUGACAUGAGGGAGGAGUUGCUUUUCUGCAAACAAGUUCCCGACAGAGCUACUGCAGAGGAACUGUUUAAAAUCAUUGACUCGUACUUGAAAGAGGUCAAUCUGAAAUGGGAGGACUGUGUGGGGAUCUGCACUGACGGGGCGCAGGCUAUGGCUGGGAAACGAGGAGGGCUGCAAGCACUCAUCAAGCGCGUCUCCCCUGAUGUGCAGUGGACAGACUGCAUGAUACACCAUGAACCACUGGCGUCUAAACAGCUAAGCUCCGAGCUUAAUGAAGUAAUAACCGAUGUCAUCGCCACAGUCAACUACAUCAAAACACGACCUGUCAAAGCCCGGAUUUUUUCGGCACUGUGUGAGGAAAUGGACUCUGAGCACAAAGCCGUGAUGUUUCACAACGAGUCCCGAUGGUUGUCACAUGGGAAGGUGUUGUUCACGGUCUUUGAUCUGCGAGAUGAGAUCCGCAUCUUUUUGAAGGAAGAAGGCUGUGGACCUGCCCACAAAUGUCCCUGUAACAAGUUCCUAAUUAAACCUGCAUACCUCAGUGACAUAUUUUUAAAAGUGAAUGAACUGAAUUUGCAGAUGCAGGGCACAAACACACACCUCCCACAUGUGGCAGAUAAAAUCACAUUGUUCAUCAGAAAACUUGAGAUUUGGCAGCAGCGACUGAAAAACGAUAACGUGGACUCAUUUGAGAACUUGAAAUUAUUCAUUGAAGACAACAAGCUGCAGAACACAGUGAUCUCAUGCAUGCGAGCACACAUCUCUGCCCUUCAGAAACAUUUCCUGAAAUAUUUCCUGGUACAGGAUUCCAAAGAAUAUGACUGGAUCUGUGAUUCCUUCAGUGUAAAACUACCUACAAACUUCAGCACAUCAGAGGAGGAACAGUUCAUUGAUGUCACCUCUAAUUCAACAAUGCGGCUACAGUUUAAGUCAAAGACACUGGCUGCAUUUUGGACUGGAGUGGAGAAAGAUUAUCUACUGCUAGGUAAGAGAGCCCUGGCCAUACUUCUCCCUUUUGCCACAUCCUACCUUUGUGAGACAGGUUUUUCUGCUUUGGCCUCAAUCAAGACAAAAUACAAAUCAAAGCUGGACAUUGAAAACGAACUUCGAGUGGCAAUCUGA